AUGGCAUCGGCUCAGGCUCAAGACGAAGACAUACAGCGCACUCUGCAGUCCACUUCACUGCAUGUGCAACCUGUUCCUCUCCAAACCACGGAAAGAACCAUCCUCUGUGACACUUCCACAGGUUGUCCUAGACCUCUCGUGCCCGUCUCCUUCAGACGCACAGUCUUUGACGCACUGCACUCACUAUCACAUCCUGGUAUCCGUGCAUCUUUGAAACUGGUCACCGAACGUUUCGUUUGGCCACGCGUAAACAAAGAUGUUCGUACCUGGGCUCGCGCCUGCCUUCAAUGCCAGCGCUCUAAAGUACAUCGUCACACCCGCAGUCCUCUUGGUUCAUUCCCUGCCCCGGACUCUCGGUUCUCACAUGUACACUUAGACCUGGUAGGUUCAUUACCUCCUUCACGCGGAUUCCUAUACAUUCUUACAUGUGUCGACCGCUUCACCAGAUGGCCAGAAGCCAUUCCCGUAACAGACUGCACAGCUGAGACUGUUAUCCGGGCUUUCUUGGACCGAUGGGUCUCGCACUACGGAUGCCCAUCCACCAUCACAACUGACCGCGGAACGCCUUUCGAAUCUUCACAAUUAGAUACGUUCUGCAACUUCUUAGGUUGUCGCCGCAUUCAUACCACAGCGUAUCACCCAGCAGCCAACGGGUUAGUUGAACGUUUCCAUAGACAGCUUAAAGCCUCGCUCUGCGCCUCCUCCGACCCUAGAUGGAGCGAAAACAUUUCGCUCGUACUCUUAGGCAUUCGCAGCAGCAUCAAAGCUGACUUGCAAUGUGCACCAGCAGAGCUGGUUUACAGCACGACGCUAAAGUUACCAGGAGAGUUCGUUUCACCUCCCGCAUCGUCCGGUAUGCCUCCGCCAAACUUUGCGUCCUCCCUAGCUCAGCGCAUGCGUUCACUACGCCCGACCCCGCCCCGUGAACAGACUAAAUAA